CAUGAGUUCUAUGAGUUGUUUGUGUUUUCAGUCAUUGCAAAAUUUGUCAGCAUCAACUGGGAAUAUUACAAUUUUUAUAAUUUUCAAAAUUCAUACGAUCUGGCAGCACCCAUAAUGGCCACAGUCCGCUUCCUGGUCCGCCGCAGGAUCAUCGACUGUUAUCGGCGUUGGUUAAGUACGGAUUUGGUCACAGCUCUCCAACCGUUUUACCAAGCCAUCCAGACGGAUCGACUAGCUCGCAGUCCAGCUGAAAAGCGGGUCAAUGAGGAGUCUCUGCGUCUGCUUAGCUCCCAUCUGGAAUCUUUGACAGGCACAACCGGUAGUUGCCUUCCGCCCGAUGGCCAACUGGAGUUCUAUAUGCCAUCGGGUUCGGAUGAGGAUGGUGGUCAGGAGGUAAGUCGCCUGGUCAGAGUGCAGGUGGAUAGGAAUCUGCUGGAUCCUAGGGCAGUGAUAAAGAAUAUCCUGAGAUCCUGUAAGCUGUUGCCAAAGGGGAAGGAACCAGAAAAGGUGAAGCUGGGUCUAGAAAUGGAAAAGGAGCUGGGAAAAGUGCUGAGGAAGGAGCAAUCAAAACUGGGCAGGGAAAAGGUUCGACCGCCCCAGUCCGCGGCAGUCCAAAAGAACUUCAGUGCUUUUAAGGAUCUCGUUAAGGAGGACCAAAAGGAGCACUCACUGGACACGUGGAUGCGUCAGGCUCUGGCCAGAUCCCAGGCCGCUGAAGUCACCACACUUCGCACCAAAAUUGAGCAACUAGAAGGCUCUCUGAUCCAGUCACUUGGCAUUCGAGGCACUCGAUACGAUUGUGGCUGCAAUAUGGAGCGCUAUCACGAUUGCCUUAGGAGUCUCCAAGAGUUCUCGGAGGAUCAAAAGGUUGCCAAUCAGCUAGGUGUCUUGCGGAAUCGUUUCUUGGUCUUCGCCCCGUACACUGGCAUCAGUUUGGAGGGCGAUGUAAUGCUUUUCUCCGGCGAUUCCCCAUCAGGAUGGUUGGCUUUUCUGUCCGAGAUGCGUUUGCACGAGGAGCAGCUUAAGUUGGUGCCCUUGUAUGAGAAGGCUUUAUCCGCCGUGCUUCUUGGCAUCCGCAUAGAAAGACGUAAGGUCCCGGAACCUGGCUGUGAGGCCCGUGCCUAUGCGGGCAGCUUGAAACGUGUCAUCCGGGCGGUUAGUGAGCACCUGAAACUGGAGGAGAGUGUCCAGGAGCUGCCGCCAUCGCUGCAGGAUCAUCAGUUGGCCAUUGUGCCCGACAGUGAUACUCCGAAAGUGAGUCAAACGGGUCUGUUCCUGGCGCCCGCCUCCUGUUCCGGACCCGAUCUUGUGGAGUUUAUAUGCCGUAACCUGGAUGUGGCCAUUGGACGAUUCAGUCGCUAUCGCAGGGACAUCCAGGUGGAGCGUCAGCUUUGGAGGCAGUGCCAAGAGGAGCUGGGCUUGCAGCGACUUAGCAAGGACGACUCCGUGACGCCUGAUAAGAUGGUGGUGGCCCUGAGGCAUUUACUCCAAAGUGGCGUCAAGUCCUGCCGAGGUCUUAGCUUGCACAUUACCAAUUACUGGUCAGUGCCCACCGAUGGCAUCGUCUGCAUUCCCUGGGACUUUAUGUCCCGGGAUAGAUAGGAGAUCCUGUUAAGUUGUGCCCCUUCCAUUCAGAAAUAAAUUACUAAGUUUGGGUUUCGUA